ACGUGAAGAUGUUUUUAUUAUUUUAGCACCUUUAUUAUUGUAAUUGUGAUCUCUACUGUAUAUGAUGUAAUCAAGUAUUAUAUCCAGGAAUAGGCAGACGUAAAUUAGUCAGUGACAUUGCGGUCAUGUGAGAGGGUGGAGCUGUUAGGAUGAAAGUAGAUCAGCUAUUCUUGAUGACAAUCUAGAUGUGAAUGGGUAUGAACACCAACAUGCUUGUCAUAGAAAGGAGAAGGAUCAUCUCGGAGUCGGUCUUCAGUCUGCGUGGAAUAUCUACUCUGGUAUUCAUAUUUUUGCUGUUUGCACAAGUUGCAUCUGAACAUCUAGUCACUGGCAUUAUAGGAGAAUCUGUUCUGUUGCCCUGUGACCUGAAUUUAUCCAUCAACCCAGCAAGACUCCGGUUCCAUUGGCAAGAUCAUUCAGACGUUGUGUUGUACUCGUUCAACAAAAGAGUUGAGCAGGAGUAUCAGAAUAAACUUUACACAAACAGGACUAACGCCUUUCAGGUUGAGAUGAGUUCUGGAAAUAUCUCUAUCGAACUCAGGCAAGUAACACCUCAAGACAACCAGAAAACCUACUGGGCUUUCGCUUCGCUGUUCGACAGAAUUGAUCAAACUAUCCAUUUCACCAAAGUGUGUCAGACUACUCUGCUUGUCGCAGCACGGUUCCUGACACCCAAAUUGACUGUGAAGUACAAAGCGAUGAAUGCAAUGUGUUUGACCCAGGGAGGCUACCCCAAACCAAAAGUCACAUGGACUAUCCAGGACCUCUCACAGCCUCAGAACGGCACUCUGGAACCCAGGGAAGUACAGACCAACAUUACACUUGAUCCUGAAAGUGGACUGUACACUGUCUGGAGCCAAGUGAAUUUCAAAGAGAAUUACACAGAUAAUCAUUCUGUGACCUGCCAGGUAUUCAACCCCGUUCUGAGAGAGACUGUGAGCAACACAACCAUCAUCCGCACAAGUGAAGGCCUUUCUCUCAGUGUUAUUGUAGGCAUUACACUAUUGAUGCUGAUUUGCGUCGGGGGAAUAAUUUUUGUGUACAAACAAUGUAAGUUGCAAUUUCAGUAUUUUUAUUACUAUAAUGAAAAUAGAUCCAGUACUGUGUAAAGACACCCCAUCUGUAAUUACUCUGUUAGUGACAAAUCUAAGGAUAUUAUAUCCAUUUACAUUCAAUGAAGUGCUAUCAACUCCCAAUCACACGAUUACUGCAAACCUGGGAUAACUAUAGACCUAACUGCUUUGUGGAAAAUAACUAUUUUUCCUUUGGCACAAAUAGUUACUUUGAAAGUGACUACAAUUACUUGAAUAAAGAUUCCCCAAAAUUAUGACCUUUUUAAACACAGAUCUCAGGAAGAAACUUAUUUUUAAAAUGACUUGAAUAAAGUUCUGAGAAAGCAUUUACUUAAAAAUAAUAUUUGAACACAGAUCUGAGGAAGUGACUACUUUUCUGAAACUAUAGGAUUAGCUGCCUUCAACUAAUGGCAGGGCUGCAUCUGCAUGUUGAAGAUAGAAAUAGAAUCAAUAGAGCACACACAAUCUCCUAUACUAUUCCAAUCUAUCUGACAGUCAUACUGUAUUUGAUCUACACAAUACAUUUAUAUCUGAACAUUCUGUUAAUGUCCAUUCUCCUAAAUAUCCAUUGC